AUGGCUGCUACGGCACCUGAUGAAGGACGCAUCUACUCGGCGACAUAUAGCAAUGUCCCGGUCUACGAAUACAAGCUGGGUGCCGAGAAUGUGAUGCGGCGGCGGGUCGAUGAUUGGGUUAAUGCGACCCAUAUCUUGAAGAUUGCCGGACUGGACAAGCCGUCGAGGACUCGGAUCCUGGAGCGCGAGGUCCAGCGUGGUGUACACGAGAAGAUCCAGGGAGGAUACGGCAAAUAUCAAGGAACAUGGAUACCUCUUGCAGAAGCUCGAGCGCUGGCGGACAAGAACAACGUCCUCGACAAGCUACGGCCGCUCUUCGACUUCAUGACCGGCGAUGCCAGCCCUCCGCCAGCGCCGAAACACACCACCGCUGCAUCCAAGCCACGCGCGCAAAAGGGUGCUGGUGCAGGCCGUAGAGCACCCGCCGGGUCUGCCCGCGGCUCGUUUACCACGGUCAACCAGCGCAUGACGCCCGUACAGCCUGCUGCACCGGUUGCGCCGGCAGCUGUUGGAGGCAGCUUCAGCCAGGAACAGUACAAUAUCAACCAGUCGUUCAAUGAAAAUUCGUCCAUAAUGCAGGGAAGCCCCGAGACUUCUUCCAUCAUGGCGGACGAUGACCUGGCUCACAUGUCUCCCGAAUCAACACAGUCUCGCAAACGCAAGCGUGGGGUCAACGAUGUCUCCAUGGGCAUUAUCGAGCAAAAUCACAUCCUCUAUGGUGACCAGCUACUAGACUACUUCAUGACCGUUGGCGAUGAUCCGAGUGCAUCUCGAGUCCUCCCGCCGAUGCCGCCCGCGCACUUCCAAGUCGACCGGCCGAUCGAUGACCAGGGCAACACCGCCCUUCACUGGGCCUGCGCGAUGGGGGACCUCGACAUCGUCAAGGAUCUGAUCAAUCGUGGUGCAGAUGUGCGCGUGCGGUCCAACCAUGACGAAACACCGCUUGUCCGAGCGGUCUUGUUCACGAAUAACUAUGAGAAACGUACGAUGGCAGAGCUGGCAGACCUAUUACAGAGCACACUUACAUUCCGCGACUGGUUUGGCGCAACGGUCUUCAACCAUCUUGCUGCUACGACACGGAGUAAAGGGAAAUGGAAGAGUUCUCGGUACUACUGCCAAACGCUGAUGGAUAAGCUAGCCCAAGUCUUUCCGAGACAUGAGAUAUCGUUACUUUUAUCAUCGCAGGAUGCAAACGGUGAUACGGCAGCACUGACUGCAGCAAAGAACGGAUGCUAUAGGCUAGCGACUACACUGCUAGCCCAGUGUCCCGAGGCUGGCGAUCUACAAAACAGACACCACGAGACAGCCAACGAGGUGUUGAUGGCCCUGUAUAGGCGGCGUAAGGAGAACCCUCCUCCCCCAUCGUCCGUGACAUAUGCUCAAGACAUCGAUGGCGAGGGCGAGUAUGCUGUUACAACGCCCACAGCCAACUACACCGGAUCUGCAGUCGCAACUGAAGCUACUAACGCGCUACUUGUCCGAAUCGGGUCCAUAAUGGCCGAAGCCAACAGACGACUUGCUCGCGCGUACGGAGAGGCUAAAACACCUCCGCAUAGCAGCAGUGGCAGUGCAGAAGACAUGACCAACCCCAAGGGCCUAUAUGAGCAAUUAGAAUCCGAUAGGGCGAAUAUCCGCGCCCAAACGGAAGCAUUGCUGGCCAAGGAAGCCGAAAGCGAAGAUCUCGACGCCCAACUCGUACGGUUCAAUGAGAUAAAAUCAAAGUACGAGUCGUUACUUAACCAGAAACACGACCUGGAACUUACCGCUUUAUAUGAAUCGAAUGGCCUGAAUGAUGACGCGGGUAACUCGGACCCUGACCGCGAACUCGCCCCCGAACAGAUGGUAGAACUAUAUACGCUUGCAAACGAACUGGCUCAAGCACAGCUAGACCGCUCCGACGCCGUGGCCCAACUGAUCCGUCAACGAGCGGACGCAGGCGUCAGCACCAAGCUAGACGUGCAUAGGAAACUGGUCUCGCUGGCCACCGGUCUGGCAGAGGACGAGCUAGAUCCGAUGAGCAGCGAACUAGCGGACGCGCUGGAAUUUGAUAGGGCUAACGAGAAAAGAUCCGGGCCCGGGCCAGGUGCUGUCAGACAGCUGAUGGCUGGAGGCGAGACGGAAGCAGAGACCUUAGCGCGCGUCUCUUUCCUUUUCCCCUUUCGAGCCGACCUCUCUCUCGUCCUUCUUCCGUCUUUCUUCUCCUUCUCCUUCUUCCUCUUCCUCUUCCUCCACAGCUCGCCAUCCCAUCCCAUCCUCACAUCUCCAUCCCCAUCCUCGCUUCUUGUUCUUUUCUCUUCUCUCUCUUCCUCUCUCGCUCUCUCGCUCUCUCUCUAUCUCUCUAUCUCUGCGUUCCUCGACUUCUCUUCGUUCAUUAUCGCUGCUCUGCUAGCCGGACGACCACGCUAUAACGACCGCCACGCCCGCGACUACAACCGCUGCCGUGUGCGUGCCGACUCGCCCACCACCCGUCAAACAGGCCUCUCCCCGGGCCUUUCUUGGACCCGGCAGAUAUCGCGCACCGUUGAACCGUUUUCGAAGACCCUAGAAAUCGCUACGUUAGCCUUGGUUUUGGUUGAUAUUUCUUUUUCGUCCGCCGUUUAUUCUCGAACCUCGCCAACAUCGCCAUCCAUCAAACGUUAG